UGGUAGAGAAGGUGAACAGGAUGAUCGCGACGGGGCAGUACGGAAGGCUCUUCGCUGUGGUCCACUUUGCCAGCAAGCAGUGGAAAAUAACCAGCGAAGACUUGAUUAUGAUGGACAACGUCCUGGAGGCUGAAUGCGGAGACCGAAUCCGGAUGGAAAAGGUGUUGCUGGUUGGUGCUGACGACUUCACGCUCAUUGGAAGGCCGCUCCUGGGGAAAGAUCUCGUCCGUGUGGAGGCGACUGUGAUUGAGAAGACGGAGUCGUGGCCGAAGAUCAACAUGCGCUUUUGGAAGAGGCACAACUAUCAAAGGAAGAAAAUCAUCGUGAACCCGCAGACCGUCCUUCGCAUAAACACCAUAGAAAUUUUCCCCGGAUUGUCGUGA